GCGGGGAGCGCGGGCCGCGAACCCGCGCGCAGCUCCGGAAGCGUCGCGCCAGGCGGCGCCUGGCCCAGGUGCUCCCUCGCCGCGCCUCAGCCGCUUCCUCUGGGCCGGCGGGGGCGGGGAGCCGGCGCUAGGCGCGGGGGCAGCCGGAGCUUAGCGACGGGGUCGGCCGAGCCGGCAGCCCUGGUUCCGCAGCAUAGUUGGGCGACUGACUCAGUCCGCCGCGGCUUGGCCGCGCCUGGCACCCGGGCCACCUGGCGCACCUCGGCCCCGAGGCGCACGGAGGGCGCGCCCCCGAGCGCACCGCGGCCCGAGCCUGACCCACCCUCGUGGGAGGAACGCGUCCCCAGCCGCCCCUGGCCAGUAGCUUUGUGCCCAGCAAUGGGGGGAUUGAUUGAUUGUCAAAUGGGUGGAACCUCGCCACCACUGGUUAUUAGGCUUGCACUACUGGGUACUUUUCCUGUUACCGCAACCUUUCCCAAACUUAAAGACUCAUCUAGGGCGCUGAUUUCCUCAGGCCGCUUUCCUGCAUUUGCAUUCAAUGGGCCAGGGACCUGUAUCCUUAACAACCCUGGACUGCACCUGAAAUUCUCUUCCCUAAAAGGUGAAAUAUACCUCGCUUUUCUCCCGGUACCUGUUGAUGGAAGUAAAGCAAUUAGGGAAAGUGGAGCCCUUAUUAUGAAAAUGAGAUAAUUGGUGAAGUCCAAAGUGUGGGUGUCUUCCCAGGAGCCCUGGCCCUUGGCAACCUUCAAGUCUGCACCUAAGGCCAAACUGCCUGCCCACCGGAAGGCGCCAUCCUUUCCUGGGAGACUAGGACCUGCCACAGAGACCGUAAACCUCCAGUCCUUUUGAAGGACAAAAGGAGAGCUCUCCCAUCCACUGUUUCAUUCUCCAAAUGCCCAUAACAGCCCAGGAUGGCCCAGACUGAAGUCAGAAGCCAGAAAUUCAAUCCAGGUCUCACAUUUCAGCACUGAGGAGAGAGUGGAUGAUGGCCCAGGUACUUCCGUUGCUGCCACCCAUGUAGGAGACCCAGAAAGAAUUCCUGGCUCCUGGCUUCCACCUGGCCCAACCCUGGCUGCUGUGGGCGUUUGGUGUCACGAGGAGAGGAGCUGUAAUAACACCAGUGCUUCAGAUGAGAUAAUGUGCUGCUGUAGGAGAGGAGCAUUCCAGCUUCCCCCUGGAACCCUUUCAUUUUCUUCCAGUACCUCUGCGGUAACAUGAUCCUCUCUGGAAUGUUCUGCCCUCUCCCUCUGGUGUGUGUUCCUCUUUCUGGGAGUGGGGAUCAGAGAGGAGGAAGAAGCAGACUCUUUUUGGUUUCUCCUUCACACCUCCGGUUUCCCCAUUAUGAGAGUCUGUCCUGCCAUGGCCCCACGUGUAGUGUGCCAACUGAGUGGCAUUGACUGUGAUAGCUUGCUGUAACUGAAUUUUAAUUGUACAUGGCAAAGACCCCUUGCUAGUUUAGAGAAACCCACUAUACAGGUUUGCUUUCUUUUAGUGAAGGCAUAUUUUCUCCAAUUAUCAGAGAAUAAAGAGAGGCCAAAUCCCAACCUCAAUCUCACUGCAGACUUACCAUAUAAGAUGGUACUAAUUACACUUACCUAGCCAAUGGUAAUAGGCUCCAAUCCAGCAGAGGAAUCUCUUUUUUAUUUUAUUUUAUUUUUAAAGAUUUACUUCUUUAUUUGAAAGACAGAGAGGCAGAGGCAGAGAGAGAGAGAGAGAGAGAGAGAGGUCUUCUAUCUGCUGGUUCACUCCCCAAAUGGCUACAAGGGCCAAUCCAAAGCCAGGAGCUUCCUCUGGGUCUCCCACGUGAGUGCAGGGGCCCAAGCACUUGGGCCAUCUUCUACUGCUUUCCCAGGCCAAAGCAGAGAGCUGGAUGGGAAGAGGAGCAGCCAGGACUUGAACCAGUGCCCAUAUGGGAUGCCAGCACUUCAGGCCAGGGCUUUAACCCACUGUGCCACAGUGCUGGCCCCCAGGAAUCUCUUUUUUAAGAACUCUUUAUUUUAUGUAUAUUAAAAAUUAUUUAUUUAUAAAUAAACAAAUUGAGAGGCAGAGUUAUAGACAGAGAGAAGGAGAGAGAGAGAAAAAGAGGUCUUCUACCUGCUGGUUCCUUCCCCAAAAUGGCAGCAACAGAGCUGGGCUGAUUCAAAUCUAGGAUCCAAGAGCCUCCUUCAGAUCUCCCAUAUGGGUGCAAGGGUCCAAGCACAUGGGCCAACUUCCAGUGCUUUCUCAGGCCGUAAGUAGAGAGUUGGAUUGGAAGGGGAGCAGCCAGGACAUGAACCGGUGCCCACAUCAGAUGCUGGCACCGUGGGCUGAGGUUUAACCUACUACACCACUGUAAUGGCUCCAAAGAAAUCUUUAUUAAAAGAAAAAUUAUAAAUAUAUACCAACCAGAGUCAAAUGUAAAUAUUCAUAUGUAACCAUUUCCAACCUCAACCAUGAUUAUUUUUAUAGCCAAUCUGUAUUCCACUCUUACACCCUGAGAUUAUUUUGAAGCAAGCCAGACAUGGUUAUGUCACUCAUAAAUAUUUUAAGCAUGUAUGUAGGAAUCUUAUUAGCAAUAUUGUUAAAACAGUUUACCUUUGAUUAAUAAGCUUUCUACGUCACCUGGAAUACAUGUUUUAUUAUCUCAAAAAUUGAGAAGUAUAUGAGCCUUCUCUAGUACUUUACAUUUGUAAAACUUCCAUGGAGAAUUGGAUUGUGUGAACUAGUGUUAUCCCGUGAUUAAUCUAUUCUGUACACAAUAGCACUCAGGGUGCAGGAACGCCCCUACUUUGGUCACCUAGUAACUUUUCACUGUCAACAACAAGCUGAAUAAACAAUUAUAUAGCAGGAAAGUGCUUGGCUAGCUAACUUGGAUCAUCUCCUAGAGUUUAGGAGAAAGAACCACCACUGAGUUUGAAUUUCUAGAAUUCUUUUAGGCUUUGCAGGCAGAAAAGAAACAUACAACUUUCAGAGCGUGAAAUGGAUAUGGAAGACAUGGGUUCAGGUAAAUUAGGCCAAAUCUUGAAGCAGAUUUGGAGACAAAACUGGAUGCUAAAGCAGGCGCUCCUGGGUGAUGGCCUCUGUGAGAGGGCUGGUGGGGCCACUUGGAUUGCCACAGUGGUCUUUCUGGGUCAGGAGCUCAGUGUGGCGCUUCAACAGCUGUUGGAGCACACUGCAGGGACUAUGCACGCCACCUGUGAGCAGCUGUCUUUGAUGCUCGACAAGAAGGAUCAGUGUGGCUGGAGACAAGAAAUUGUUACUUUCAUAGACUGCCUGAUGAAAGUAAAGGAACAUUUGGGGAGCACUGCUUUAUUUCUAAAGAAAGAAGAGAAGGAGAUGUGUAAUUUAUGCAGCAUGCAUGAUGAAUGUACUCCACAGCAAACAAUGUCCACCAUUCAAGAUACCAAAGCAACAGACAUUGCUGCAAGAGGGGAACUAAAUGCCAUAGAAACAGCCACUGUUUCCCCUACAAAUGGAGAGGAAAGCCAUUACACAAACCAGGUCCAGUUUAGCACAAAUAAAGCACAUAUAAAUUCAGAAUUACUGGAAGAAGAAAACAAUGCAUCACUGAAUGGAAAUGUAACAGAGAAAGAAGAGUCUGAGAACAAAAUGUUAUCAGAUAAUGCAGAAAAUGAAGAUGAUAAACAAAUAGAACACAUGACUAUUGAGAACCUAAAUGGCAGCAGGGAAAACAUUCAUGAUGUAAUGCAGGCAACAGAAAGAGAAAUUCAUGAGACUUCAGAGAGCCAAAGAGAAGAGAUUACCACAUCCUCAACAACAUGUGAUAUCUCCAGCAAUGAUGUGAAUAGACUUCCAAAGGAUUCAGAGAGUCUAAAGCAAAAGAAUAACACAAUGGAAAAGGAGUAUCUUGAAGUGCUAAAUGAUGAGACUGACGCCCAAGUGUCUUGUUAUAUUACGGCACCAUCAAAUGUUCUGCAACAACUAGUAUGCCGAAUAAUUAAUAGCAUGAGUUCUUUAAUAGUGAGUGAUAAUGAAGAGUUGGUUAGCAACAUCAUUUCUGUUGAGUGCUCAGACAAGGAAAUGAAAAUUCCAUUUCCAAUAUGCAUCACAAUUCCAUUUGCUGCGCGUUACAGGGGAAAUUACAGAGACAUAAUGGUGAAAGUGUCUGAUAUAAACCUUCAAUCAAGUUACCUAACCCCAAAUUCACUGGAAGGAAUAAGAGGUCGUUACAAGGGCACCUGCGCUGCAGUGAAGGUUUACAAAUUAGGAAUCUUUUCUGUGGUGUCUUGUUUAAAGAAAGAAUCCUUCACAAUCACAAAGAAAGGCUUCACUCUGAAGUCAAGCCUGGAUCCCCGAAUAUCCUUAAAUUAUCCUCCCAGUGUUUUCAGCUCAACAGUACUUGUACAAUUAAAGGUCCAGCCAGUUGACCCAUCUCUGGUGACGUAUUUAAGAACACAGCAUGAUACUACCUACUCAGUACUAGCCACUAGUCCUCUGAUUCAUGUUCAGCACCCAGCCACUCAUCGUUUUCAGAAGCCAGUCACUGUAUUCUUACCCUGUUCUCCACAUCCUGAUAAAAAGAACCUUUCAUCUGAGAUAGAUCAUAAAAGAAUACCUAGUGCCACAACAAACAGGAUCAUACCUUUAUAUUUCAACAGGACAAGAAGUGCUUCCACAAGAAAGCUUGGGAUAAAUGCCUAUGAAUCUUGGAAACUGCUAGGAUUCAGAAGCCGAGACAGUGGUUGGUUUGCACUUGAUGAUGUUGUGGUGAGACCCAUGCAGAGUGGUUUGAUAUCAUUUGAACUGUAUGAACACUUAGAAAGGUUUAUUGUGCUCUACUACUCUUCCAUCGUGGACAAUGGCCACUUGGUCUCAUUUGUGAAAUCUUUAGAGGAAGCCAUGCUCAGCAGCACAGCCUGUGUAGUACUGUCUCACCAGAGGGACAAUCCACAUAAAGUAGUUAUUUUAGUGGUGCCUUCCAAAGAUUUAAACCAAGCACUUAAAAACUUGCGCUUGGAUGGUUUCCGGAGUCCUCCAGAGCCAUCUCGUCAAUUCCAAGUAAGAGAAGGAGAACAACUUCUUUUCAGGUUUACUGGAAACAUUUUCGCUUCAAACAAUGGGAAGGAUUAUGGAAAAGACUACAAGCUUACUUUUCACUUUCAAAGAAAACUCAUGCUGGAACUCCAAAUCAAAGAGGUGGAUGAAUUUGGAAACUAUAGCUGUCCUCAUUAUAAGGGUACUAUUGUAGUUUUUAAAGUACCAAAAGAAAAUAUAGCACCUGACUUGGAUCCAUCUCUUACUCUUAAUGAAAACCAUUGCCAGUUGCCAAUUUGCAAAUUACCAUUGAGAUUGCCAAAGCAUGAAAAAUUCAUCAACCGUCCACGGAGCACUAGAAGAAUUUCUGCAGAUCCUUUAGAAGCCCUUUGGGAUAACUUGCUGCACUGGCUGGCGGAGGAGCUCUUAGAAGAAAAUGCUGAGUCUCUUUCCUCCUCCCUCCCUCUGCGCCACACCACUGUUCAGCUCAUCAAACUCAAACAUCCUGAUGAUCUCACAGAACAAAUCCAUGAACUUCUUUGCUUCUGGAAAAAAUCGCUCCCAACGUCUACCGACAAACUUCGCCUGCUGGCUCGUCAUCUUCGCAAGAUCGGCAGGAAUGACCUUGCAGAAGAGCUCAAGUUCAAGUGGGAAAAUAAAGUAUUCACUGAACCACAGCAGUGGUUGGAUAUGGUGGCCGAGUAAAAGCUGGUCUUUUUAUUCCUUUUGCGCUAGAAAAGGACUCAUGUGGGGGGUGGGGGGCGUGAUUAAGAUUGCUUUUGUCAACAUUUUCUGAGCAGUUUCCAAAUAACAUUCUUUAAAGUAAAUCCAUCUGAUAGCUAUAAUAUUGAGAAAUCAGUUGAGACAAUGGAGAAUUGAAACUAAUCAGACAAUAAAAGGCAUUCCUGGGUGUGAGUGCUCCUUCCUGCUUGAGUGAAUGUGUGUUGUGCAAUUAUGGCUGUCUUGAGUUCAGCCAAAUUUAAUAAUGCUUGCAAGAGUGUUUCCUAUUUACAUUUUAUUUUAUUUUUUAAAGCAUAACUUUUUAAAAGACUUUAUUUAUUUGAAAGGCAGAGUUACAGAGAGGCAGAGAGAAAGAAGGCUUCCAUCUGCUGGUUCACUCCCUAGAUAGCCACAGCCGCCAGGGCUGAGCUGUUCCAAAGUCAGGAGCCAGGAGCUUCUUCCAGGCCUUCCAUGUGGGUUCAGGGACCCAACCUCGUGGGCCAUCUUCGAAGCAUUGCUUUCUCAGGUGCAUUAUCAGGGAGCUGGAUUGGAUGUGCAGCAGCAGGGACACAAACUGGUGCCCAUUUGGGAUGCUGGCACUUUGGGUUGCAGCUUUACUGGCUAUGCCACAGCACUAUCCCAUCUAUUUACAUUUUAAUAUUUGAGAUUGUUUCCUAAGAAAGGUAAUAUACAAAAUCUAUUUUUAUUAUUAUCUACAUAAAAUUAAACUACAUAUCCAUGACUCUAAACAAGUAAUUCAAGUUAUGCAGAUAUCAUAGAGCCCACAGAUAACCAUACAAAAUAAAUUGGCCUGAGAAAAUUAAUGCUGGUGGUAAUACAUCACUUCAAGGAAACAGAGACACUCCCUCCACCUCUUCCCCCCAACAAAUCAUAAUUAUAUAUAAUUUGACCAUGUCUCCUGACCUUCCUCUCUCUCUCUAACCACCCAAGCCUGUGUGGCCACCAUUUUACUCUGUCCAGUUUUUGUAGAUUUCACGUUUGAAUGAGAUCACAUGAUAAUGCCUGGUUUAUUUCACUUCAAAUACUAUAAUAUAGGUUUGUUUGUGUAGUCCAAAAUGACAGGAUUUCAGUCCUUUUUUAAAAAAUGGUUGAAUAGUGUUCCAUUGUGUAUAUAGCACAUGUUCUUUAUUGAUUCAUUCCUUGAUGGACACCAUGGCAGACCCCAUAUCUUAGCCAUUGUGAAUUGUGGCAUAAUAAUAAUAAUAGUGGGUGUCCAGAAUUCACAAACUAGGACACAAACUAGGUAAGGGGUGGUGGGAGUAAGGUGGGGUUGGGAGAAAUUGGGAAUGGCUUAUGAUGGCCAUGGAGCGCCUUACUUGAGUGAUGAACGUGUCCUAAAAUUGAUUGUGAUGAUGGUUGUACAACUUUAUGAAUAUACCAGAAACAAUUAGAUUGUAUUCUUUAAAAGGGAAAAUUGUAUGGUAUGUGAAUUAUAACUCAAUAAAUAUAUAUUUUUUAAGAAGAAACAAUGCAGGGGCUGGUGCUGUGGCAUAGUGGGUUA